UAGUGAUGUGGUCCGAAUAUCCAAUUGCAUUGGUGGGGUUAUACCAUUCCAGCCAAUGGCACCCCUAUUUCAGUCUGACAGCAGACAUGUAGAAUGCGUAGCCCUCCCUCCUCUCUCCUCAGCUCGCUAUAAAAACUCAUGACUGGUCAUAUUCUGUCCUUUUUGCCCGGUGUAAAACAGUGGACAUCCGUUAGCUGCCUUGGCACAGUGACUAAAAAUGGGGAAAGAAAAGACCCACAUUAACAUCGUGGUAAUUGGCCAUGUCGACUCCGGCAAGUCCACCACCACCGGCCACUUGAUCUACAAGUGCGGAGGCAUCGACAAGAGAACCAUCGAGAAGUUUGAGAAGGAAGCCGCUGAGAUGGGCAAGGGCUCCUUCAAGUAUGCCUGGGUGCUGGACAAGCUGAAGGCCGAGCGUGAGCGUGGUAUCACCAUUGACAUCGCUCUGUGGAAGUUUGAGACCAGCAAGUACUACGUCACCAUCAUCGACGCCCCCGGGCACAGGGACUUCAUCAAGAACAUGAUCACUGGUACCUCUCAGGCUGACUGCGCUGUACUGAUUGUCGCUGGUGGCGUGGGUGAGUUUGAGGCCGGUAUCUCCAAGAACGGCCAGACCCGCGAGCACGCCCUGUUGGCUUUCACCCUGGGUGUGAAGCAGCUCAUCGUUGGCGUCAACAAGAUGGACUCCACCGAGCCCCCAUACAGCCAGAAGCGUUUUGAGGAGAUCACCAAGGAAGUGAGCGCCUACAUCAAGAAGAUUGGCUACAACCCCGCCACCGUGGCCUUUGUGCCCAUCUCUGGCUGGCACGGUGACAACAUGCUGGAGCCCAGCACCAAUAUGUCCUGGUUCAAGGGAUGGAAGAUUGAGCGUAAGGAGGGUGGUGCCAAUGGUGUGACCCUCCUGGAGGCCCUGGACUCCAUCAUGCCCCCUUCCCGCCCCACCGACAAGCCCCUGCGUCUGCCCCUGCAGGACGUCUACAAGAUUGGCGGUAUUGGAACUGUGCCCGUGGGUCGUGUGGAGACUGGUAUCCUGAAGCCCGGUAUGGUCGUGACCUUUGCCCCUGCUAACGUGACCACUGAGGUCAAGUCCGUGGAGAUGCACCACGAGUCCCUGACUGAGGCCGCCCCCGGAGACAACGUUGGCUUCAACGUCAAGAACGUGUCCGUCAAGGAAAUCCGUCGUGGAAACGUGGCUGGUGACAGCAAGAACGACCCACCCAUGCAGGCUGAGAACUUCACCGCCCAGGUCAUUAUCCUGAACCACCCUGGCCAGAUUUCCCAGGGCUAUGCCCCUGUGCUGGACUGCCACACCGCUCACAUCGCCUGCAAGUUCAGCGAGCUCAAGGAGAAAAUCGACCGUCGUUCCGGCAAGAAGCUUGAGGACAACCCUAAGAGCCUCAAGUCCGGAGACGCCGCCAUCAUCACCAUGGUGCCAGGAAAGCCCAUGUGUGUUGAGAGCUUCUCCCAGUAUCCUCCUCUGGGUCGCUUCGCCGUGCGUGACAUGAGGCAGACGGUGGCCGUCGGCGUCAUCAAGGCCGUUGAGAAGAAGGCCGCCGGCGGUGGCAAGGUGACCAAGUCCGCGCAGAAGGCCGCCAAGGCCAAAUGAAUUCUCGUGCAGGACGUCCCUCCACAAGAUGCGUCUCCACUUCAUGGAGCCGUCCCACGAGUUCCUCCGACCUCCCCCGACCCCGCACCGUCCUCUCUGAGGCACAGCUAUCUACUUAAGGACUGGCUAAUGCUGAUAAAAACCCACCGCAAAAGUUUCCGUAGGAAAACAAGGCUCACACCCCCACAUUAGUCUGCUUUAGGGAAAAUUACUAUGAUUAUGUUGACAACAAAAGAAUAAACUUCUUGAAAUAUUCAUUGCCAGAUGAGAACCUUUGUUGUCCUGUGUUUUCUUAAUUUCAGCAGAUUCAAGUGAGCGUACAUGACUCCUGUACUAAACUUCCAUGUGUAUGUUCUCCCUCCGAUGUGCAAAACAAAGAGUCUCACUAAUGUGAAGGUCUGUUACGUGUUUACCACUGCUGAAUACCAUUUGCUGUUUGUAAUCUAAAACGAACUCACUGCAAGGUUGAGCAAUCAUCAUGGACAGGGAAGUGCAUUCAGAAAACCUCAUAACGAUUACUAAAUAAAACAUAAUUGAAGUCUAAA